AUGGCUGCUGUCAAAAAGCGUUUAAAGAAGCCAAGACUGCUCUCUCACACGCGCCCGCCAACAGCUAGAGCGAAAAACCCAAAACUCUCAGCAAAGGCGACCCGAAAUCUCAUUCGAUCCCAUCAUCGACUUUUGAAAUCUCGAGCCCAGGCAUUAAAAGCAGGCAACCAGGACCUAGCCCGGGAGAUCGAUGGGCGGAUCCAAGCAAAUGGUGGCCUGGAGAGCUAUCAACUUGCCAGCAAAUUGGGACAGUCGUUGGAACGUGGCGGCGACUCGAGUAAAGUGCUUGUGGAUUGGAUUGCUCCGAGCUUAGCUCAGUUGAAAAAUUCGCCUUAUAAGCUACGAAUGCUUGAAAUUGGGGCUCUAAGUACGGAAAAUGCAUGUUCUAAAAAUCAGUACCUUGAUGUCACGAGGAUUGAUCUGAAUGCUCAGGAGCCAGGCAUCUUGAAACAGGAUUUCAUGGAGAGGCCUCUUCCCCGCGCCGAUGAUGAUCGGUUCCACAUCAUCAGUCUGUCUUUGGUGCUUAACUACGUUCCAAAUGCAACAGGGAGAGGAGAUAUGUUGAAACGUUGUGUAGAGUUCCUGACAGAGACACCCCCGGCUGGCUCCUCCAUCACCAUCCGACCUAGCCUGUUUCUGGUCUUGCCGUUGGCUUGCGUCAAAAACUCGCGGUACCUGACGCCGAGUAGGUUGCAAGAAAUAUUGUCCAGUAUGGGAUUCACAUUGGCAAAGAAUAAAGAGACGUCGAAAUUGAUAUUCCAGCUCUGGGAGCAUGACCGACGUGGUAAGCCUCGGCCGUUCAAAAAGGAGAUUCUAAAUCCUGGGAAGACGCGAAACAAUUUCGCUAUCAAUGUUCAAUAA